AACAGGAGGCGGUAAUGCACCUUAUUCUGGUCCUUAACGCUAGUUGCCAUCUAAGGCGGAAGAAGAAGAACAAAUGUUUAAGCUAAGAGAGCUUUGUCGCUACAGUAACAGCCAUCGAGGUCAGCGUUUUAUCAGUUAUCAUUCGCAUCGUUGUGUCCACGAUUUGCGAGUUUGUGCUUUAGUUUUAAGCACAGCCGAAGCUCCUCUGGACCAAUAGUGUGGCGGCGUAACUGUUUUCGCAACGUUGGGCGUAAAGCUAGUUGUUUGAUUAACAUUGGUACGCCAUGACUGUUCGUAGCUAGCUGUACAGGCUAGCCAAGCUAACUAGCUAGUUCGUUUAGCUUUAUACAAAAACAAAUCUAGCCAGCUUCCUGUGAAAUACAUGCUAACACUUGGAAAGUCAUUUUCUGAGGAUUAAGACAUUUUUACCAACUACAAAACUGUUUUAUAAAAUCGGCGCGAACUCGAACAGGGCAACAACGCCUUCGAGACAGCAGCACAGGACAUUAGCUUGUUAGCAUUUUGGCUGACCAGAUUAGCCAACUGGACAUCCAGGAGUCUAGCUAGACAGGAGACAGUUCCCACUGACAGAAUCUGACGAGAAUUUCGUUAGCUAAAGACUCCCAGCAUGCUGAUGGUGGGAGAGGAUGGACGGGUGUACUAGAAUGAGUGUGAAGGAGCUGUGCGACACGGAUGACCUGGCUACCAGCCUGGUGCUGGACCCAUUGUUGGGUUUCAGUACUCACAAAAUGAACGUCAGUCCACCUCCAGAGAUCCGCCGUUGGGGUUACCUCAAAGAGACUCUGUUGCGCUACCAGCGCACGCAUGAUUUCCAGUCCACUUUUGAGGCUCUCACCGUGGGAGACUGGGGCGGCGACGUCACCAGUCUGGGCACCCAUCGCCUGGAACUGCUGAGCCAGCACGUGUAUCGCUACCUCAGUGCCUUCCUGCUGGAGAGUGGUGUUAAGAUUGAGCCUUGUGACAGAUAUUCUUCUGAAACCAACGGUGCAAAGAUUACCUCCACCAAACACUGGUGUGCGGGUGAGCGUGUGGAGGUGCUUCAGGGGUGCAUCUCUGAGCUGAGCCCAGCCGACAGCGCCCUCCUGAGGGCAGGGGUGAACGACUUCAGCGUGAUGUACUCCACGCGCAAGCGCUGUGCUCAGCUCUGGCUGGGCCCUGCUGCCUUCAUUAACCAUGACUGCAGGCCAAAUUGUAAGUUCGUCCCUGGGGAAAAGAACGGCGCCUGUGUGGAAGUGGUCCGAUCCAUCGCACCUGGGGAGGAAAUCACAUGUUACUAUGGCGACAGUUUUUUUGGCGAAGACAAUGAGAUGUGUGAAUGCUGCACCUGUGAGAGGAAAGGAGAAGGUCACUUCAGACUUAGAGGGGGCCAUCCGGACUCCAGAGAGACUGAAACACAGGUGGGCCAGAAGUAUCGUCUGAGGGAGACCGAUCUGCGUCUGAACAGGGAGAGAAGCCUGUGUCCUGCACGGUCCACGUGUCCAGCCACACACACAGCCAUCCCUUCAAGGACUUCCUCCACCCAGCUGAUGAAGAGAAAUGUCUCCACGAGCAGAACCUUGACCAGGAAGACAUACAGUUCAACACAGGAGAAGAAAAGGAGCCGAUUCGGGAACAGACAAGUCAAGGCUUCCCUGGCCAAGCAGAUUCCUUUAUCUCAGGUCGUGCUGAGAGACCUCAGGGUCCGAGUUCGGCGCCACACGAUGGAUUUCCUGUUGAGUUGUAAAGACCCCCUUAGCAAAGAGAGGGUCUUGCUGCACCUGCUGGAAAACAUGAAGCCAGACGACGAGCAGGGAACCCGACCCAGCACGACGACGAGCCAGAAAUCACAUGAUGAAACAGUGAACGAUGACGCCUCACCGAAGGUGAACCCGACACCUAAGGAGAAGAAGGACGAGCGAAGACCCCCAGGACGGCGUCCAGGUGGAGGGUCCGUCGGCGUGGUGGAGAGGGUCUUCAGGUCCUCCUUCAGGGCAAGGAGGAUGAUUGAAAACCCUGCCACGCAUCUCUCUGCUUCGGUGACCAAGACCAACAGCCAAGCAGUUACCGGUCGCAGCCAGUUUGUGGACGAGCAGGAUGGCGUGUUCCCAGAUGGUCACAGCCCCGGUAACACGGCGGCGGGAGACGGCCCCAGUAGCAGCACCGGGGCGCCGUUCAUCAACAACACGACGAGCGGCGGUAGAUCGAACCCUGAAGGCAGCACAACCGCAAAGCACCCUGGUCAGACUGCGCCAGCUGUCCAAACGGAAGGGGGGAAGGUUGAGAACAAGCCCGGUGGCAAGGUCUGUCAGCCUGCCUCCAGCCAUGCUCCACCCCUCGGUCCUCACAUGCCAGGACUGAAGAAGUACCUCACAGUGAAUUUGAUAAGGGUGUCGAUACCAGGCAGUGUAGAGACAAAGGGGGCUUCCCAAGCAGAGCAGGGGGAGGGGCUGAGGAGGCCAGGUGGCAGGAGGGCAGUGCUGAGGGAACAGGGGACUAGGCCACUGUCCCCAAAGGCAGGUAGAGAGUCCAGGUGUGAGCAGCAGCCAGCAGGAAGCAGUGACGAUGUCUCUAGGACUGCAGGUAAGACAGGGGUGAGGGAAAUGUUUUUUAAGUCAGUUGACAAAUGUGAUGAAAUGAUAAAGCAGAAGUCUAAGGUAUCUGAUAAUGUAUUACAAGGUGAUAAGGUCAUUGAAAUACAGUCUGUUAGUGGGGAGGUGCAGGGCAGAGCAAAGAAGAGGCAUACGCAGGUUGUGAUGAACGAAGGUGGAGAGAAUUUAGCAGGUACCAACCGUGUGAAAUCUCCAGUUAGAAGGGGUAAGAAAAGGGCACUAAUGACAGGGAAGGAGGGAACGGGUAGUAUAGCAAUAGAUCAGAUGAGACUAACGCGUUUCAACAAUAAAAGUGUUGAUGAUUCUGAAACUCCAGUAAGAGUUGAGAAGGAAGAUAGGUUAGUGAGUGGGAGAUACCCACCCACAUGUCAAAGUAAAGAGGGUAUCGUCAUCAAACAAGUGAGGAUUCUACUGGCCGAUAUUUUGAGGAAGGAAAACGGUUGUAGGGAUGUGGGAAGUGAGGAGCAGGGUGGGGGGAAAGUAGACGAUUCACAUGAAACAGAGACUGUUGCACUGCCCAACGCGGUCGCACUGCCCGACGCGGUCGCACUGCCCGACGCGGUCGCACUGCCCGACGCGGUCGAACUGCCCGUCGCGGCCGCAAUUCCCGAGGCGGCCGCAAUUCCCGAGGCGGUCGAACUGCCCGAGGCGGUCGAACUGCCCGACGAAGCGGUCGAACUGCCCGACGAAGCGGUCGAACUGCCCGACCAGGCGGUCGAACUGCCCGACCAGGCGGUCGAACUGCCCGACCAGGCGGUCGAACUGCCCGACCAGGCGGUCGAACUGCCCGACCAGGCGGUCGCACUGCCCGACCAAGCGGUCGAACUGCCCGACCAGGCGGUCGAACUGCCCGAUGCGGUCCCGGAAGUGAUUGUGAGAAAGAGAGGCAGACCGCGGAAGAAACGGAACCGAGGCAGGAAACCAUACAAAGACGCCUCCACAACCCAGAGCACCAUCGACUCGAACAAGAGCGAUGUAGAGGGUCGCUCUCAAACUCCCCUUCCCCAACCUUCGAUGGCCUGUUCGGACACUCUGCCCACAGUGCCCCCUGUGGGAGCUCCCCUUGUGGACAGUGCACAGCAGACCCCCCUACAGUCCAACAUUCCCCUGAAGAAACGCACGUUUCGGAAUUCUGUGGACUUUGACUCCGAGCAAGGUUUAAGUUCUCCAGUGGAGGAGCCGUCCCCUAAAGAUCUCUCAGUCGUGAGUCCUACAGACCAGAACCAGGAACUUGCUCCUUCUCCUGAAAAAAAACCUGAAACCACCACAACAUUGACGGAGGCCAGUGAUGAAGUUAGAAAGUGUUUUAAAUCUUCCUUAAAAUCGCGGGCAAAGAUACUGGAGGCCCGAACCCAGAGACGGGAGCUCAGAAUAAACGCAAAACUGUGUCCCAGAGAUAAGAAGCGUCCUCGAGGCCGGCCUAGAAAGAGAAAAAGACAAGGUGUUAAGAAUGCGGUCGUUGUUCAGGGUGACAACAACGGACCUGGGCUGGGGGGGAACCGUCCGGAUCCUGCAGAGCGUCACCCAGGUGAAGAUCCAGAGGACAUGAAGGAUGGAGUGAAAGUUCCUGAGCGUCAUGCGGAGGUUCCUAGCUGUCUAAGUACUCAAGCUUGCGCUGAAGAGAAAGAGCAAGAUUUAAACUUCCGAAUACGUUUCAAGAGAAAGCAAGGCAAGGUUUGGGAGUUAGAGAAAGCUGCGUUGAGCGAGGAUUUAAAGUUUAAAGCAGAAAAUGAAGCAAGUUCAGAUUCAUGUGAUCCUUUUAGUGCCAUUUUGAAUUCUGUGUCCAGAUUAAACCUAGAGAUGGACAGGGGCACUCAGUCAGGUGGUCUGAGUAAUAAGUGUUCCGAAUUCAGUAAAAGACGGAGGGGAUUCGCUGUAGUAGUAAAAUCUGACCAAAAAGAUUUUGAGAAACCAGGGCAGCAAGGUAGUUCUUACAACGAUGUGUUGGAGACCAGGGAUGUGCUGGAGAUCAGGGAUGUGCCGGAGACCAGGGAUGUGCUGGAGACCAGGGAUGUGCUGGAGACCAGGGAUGUGCUGGAGACCAGGGAUGUGCUGGAGACCAGGGAUGUGCUGGAGACCAGGGAUGUGCUGGAGACCAGGGAUGUGCUGGAGACCAGGGAUGUGCUGGAAUCCAGGGAUGUGCUAGAGACCAGGGAUGUGCUGGAGACCAGGGAUGUGCUGGAGACCAGGGAUGUGCUGGAAUCCAGGGAUGUGCUAGAGACCAGGGAUGUGCUGGAGACCAGGGAUGUGCUGGAGACCAGGGAUGUGCCACAUGGGUGUGUUGACAGGACAGACAGGUGUGUCGACAGGACAGACAGGUGUGUCGACAGGACAGACAGGUGUGUCGACAGGACAGACAGGUGUGUCGACAGGCCAGACAGGUGUGUCGACAGGCCAGACAGGUGUGUCGACAGGACAGACAGGUGUGUCGACAGGACAGACAGGUGUGUCGACAGGACAGACAGGUGUGUCGUCAGGACAGACAGGUGUGUGCAGCCCCUGGGGAAGAGAGGAGAAUCACAGUGUAAUAAAGCGACAUUUGCAGAGGAGGUAACAACCAAAGUGGAGGGUGUACCUGCUGGAGUUAAACGAAGCUGUGGUGAAUGUGAGGCACUGGGCGAACAGUUGGAAGUUAAAAUGGAAGAUAAGAAAGAUGUACCUUUACCUAGAAUAAAGCUGCGGAGGAAGGUGGAGGGAGUGUGGGAGGUCGAUGUCCCCAAGACGGAAGGAGAGCAGAGAGAAGCUGGAGCGGAGUUGGAGAGACUAGAGUUCCCGGCCUUCCCAGAGAGACCCAGCCGAGGGCUUCUGACUCCCCUCAACCCCAAAAAAGAGGGCUUGUCUUCUUGUCAACAAUUUGGAAGCUGCAGAAGUGUCAUGGAUACCUCAUCUGACGCUCACCGUCUCUCUCUGUCCCUCUCACCGCUGUCCCUCCACUCACCCCAGUAUGAUGGCAUUCACGAAUUUGGUUCUGUUUCUGAUCGGACGAAGGGUCGGGUCGUUUCGGAGUCUAGUUGUAGGGGAAAGAAACAAAAGCACAAUACAGAGAUGCCUCUCGUUUGCUCAAAUGCAGAGUCGGCGUCUACCUGUCUUAAUAAUAGCCUACAACAGAUAAAUCACAGCCUCUCUAGACUCUCUGAAGGAUUAUGUACAUCCCAGUCCUUAGAGAAAAACCCCCUUUAUUCCUCCACCUCCGUCCCUGUGACUCAGCCACAGUCCGAAUCUCCCGUCUUCAACUUCCCAGACAGGAUUCUCUCCACAGAGCCUAGCUUCACCUGCUGUGAAGACCUACUGGACUUUCAGUGUCUCAAUUUUGAAGGUUACUAUCAUCCCCAGAACAUUCUCCCAAGCUCUCCAUCGGGUCUCUGUUCCCUGGAACCAGCUCCUGACCCCUUUAGCAGUCCUCUCUCUCACAGCCCCCCCGACACCUGGGCCACAGAAACACCAUACCUCGGACCUCCUAGUCCAGGGGACAGCUUUAGUGCUGAAGAUCUUCAGUUUUGCCCCAGCCUCCUGUCCUCUAAAAAUGACGUUCCGUCCUUGGGAUGUGAAGUGAAGGAUUCCUCCAAAGAUGAAAAUAUGGCCAGUGCAAACUUCAGUUCCGUUCAGGGCAGCAAUGUUGAAGGGACGUUCAUGGAUCGUUUUUUGAGCAAAACUUCAUCUAUAAAACUCUUUAAAGAAGAUCCCAAAACUCAGCCUAAAGCACAACCCCUUUAUUCAGCUACUAAACCCCAGAGACUACCCAAGGACUCACAGGCGUUUAGUGCAUCGUAUGCCACCCAUUCUCAGAGCACUCACGGUAGUCCUGGCGUCCAGGCCCUGCACACAGUAGCGACCUCCAGCCAGGCAAAAGUCCAGUCCCAACUCAAAACACAGGGGCCCUUUCAUCGCAUGAGCCUGUUCAAUAAACACCAGCCGUCCACCACUUCUCAGUCCAACUCAUUCAGACUCGCUUCUCAGAGUAGCACAAACAAGUCCGUCCCCUCAUCCUUUUUUUCGAACAUGUUCACCCCCCAGCUCUUCCCCGUGAGACCUCCCUCCAGCGGGGACGCUGUCUUCAACACCUGUGAUAAGAGCUCCAGCGUGAUCCAGAGUGUGCUCAAGUAUCAGGGAGGGAAACAGUGCCAGAAUCUCCACAGUGCUCCUUGUAAAGACAACACUAUGGCUGGCUGCCCCCCCGCUGUUACAUCUAAGCUUCCUGGGACCAAAUUAAGUCACAAGACUGGUCAGGGGACCCAGCUGGGCCAGAAACGUUCUGGUUCCACCCCUGGCUGUCCGAAAGGUCAAGGCCUCGCUUCAGGAAAAGACGGCGUCCGUCUCAACGCGUCCACCUACCCCACAAAGUCAAAUGCUCUCAGUAACAAAGAAAGUUCAGUUUUUGACAACUCGCCUUGCCAUAGUGAGACAUUGGACAAAUCCCAGCCUCUGGAAACUAGCUUUAGAAGCAUGAACUUCUCCUCCCUUCAGCGGCCCUUCUUCUUCCCCAGCCAGGUAAAUAGCUACGAGACCCCCGACCACAGCCAUGCCUCACCCCCUGACAAGCACCAGCUGAGCUACGCCCAACAGGAUUCCUUUGAUCUGACUUUCGGGUCGUCCCUCUCCCCCUCUGUAACUCAGCUCCACAGCCCCCUGGCGACCAGCAUCUCCCCCUCUGGCCCCCAGGCACCGGGCAACAAAAACCUGUCGUCCUCCUCCAUCCCAUUCGGGCACCAGGGCCAGCCCUACGUGCUGAACUUCAGUGGGGACCACUCGGUGACCCUGGGCCUCAGGGACGGGGCGGAGGGCUACCCGGGGUCGGGGCACGCUAACUACACGUACCACUGCCUGAUGGAGCCUUCAGGCACCCAGGGGAGGCUGGUCCUUGAACCCUGCGUACCCCAGAGGUCGAACUCACCCUCUUUCUCUGUGGGGGGCUUUUCAGGGGUCAAAGGUCAGGAGGACCAGUGCAGAAGGGACACGCAAGCAGCGAGCCAGCCCAGGGCACAGCCCUCAUCCUCCCACUACGGCCCCCCGCCAGCCCCGCCCACGGCCACGCCCCUCUCGGACAGGAAGCCCAGGAGACUGAGGCUGGUGGUGACGGAUGGAACUGUGGAUCUGGAUCUGCAGUACACAGACUGAGGAUGAUGUGUGCGUUCAAGAAGUAAAAUGUUUGGGAUUGUUUGUUGUUUUUGAAAAGUGUGUUACAUUGCAAAUGUGUCUGUCUGUCCUCUUGAUUUGUUUUUUGAUUGCGUACAUCGUUUCAAGGAUGCAAUUGGAUUUUUGGGUUGUUUACUCGCAAAUCUGUGAGUCAAGUUUAAACAUAUUUGAUGGUAUUUAUUUUUAUGAAGUAGGAGUUGGUUGUUUUUAAUCAUAUGUCAUGUGAAUGUCAAAAUUUAAAAUUGGUUAAAAAAAGUAGCUGUUGUAAGCUCAACCAGCUCCUUAAGCAUUUGACAAUCUGUAAUAACUGAGGUUCACCUCAAGGUGGUCUCAUUCAACUCAGUUGCCCAGUAAUUCAGAGCAUGUUUUGUCAUGUAACAUAAUUGCAUGAACUUCCCUGUAAAUAAUUGAUGGAACAUAAACCGAAGCAUAACGAUGAUUCCUUCAUCUUUAUUGAUAAGUUUAAAAGCGGGGUGUUGCACUGUUUAUCGAUUAAUACUUAUUCAUUUUGGCUCAUUGUUUGCUAAAGCUCUCUCCCUUUCAGUAUGAAUUUACUAGGUUCUGAAUGAACUGAUUUGAAUCUGGUUUUAGUAUGGAUGUUUUCUAGUCUACAGGGAAAGUUUGCAUCAGAUUGUCCGCCACACACUUUGUGUCUAAGCACUGCCUUGCCGAACUGGACGAGGGAGGGCAGUCAGCGGAGCGUGAACGAAUAAGGCAGUGCAUGAAGUGUGUGCUGUAAAAUGUGUUCAUAUGUCACUGUAUACGCAGUUCUAAACCCUGUCAGGUCCAGAGUGGCUUCAGGGUGUGUGUGUAACCUUUCACCUAUAAAGCUCUCUGUCAUUAUCUCUGUGUCCCCUCUGGUACUGUUCACUCAACACCAAAGCAUCCUGUAGCUACAUGGCAGUGUUGGUCUGGGUCCAAUAGGCUGGAUGCACAUUAGUCAGGGUCAAGUUUUAUGUGAUGGUUCAAUUUGAAAAUUGUCAUUGAUCUGGUUUAUUUCAACUUUUCAAUUCAUCACAUGGUAUUUUACAGUUGCUAGGCAUGUUGGAUGUUACUUUCAGCAUUCCAGCUGCAUAAUACUGUUAUUCUGGAGCAAUGUUGGAUAGUGACUGCUGUGUUUCAUGUGAAUACAGUGAAUUGGUACUGUUUGUGUUUGCAUAAUUUGCAGGCCAAUGUUUUAUUUAUUUGAAAAUCCUCAUUCUUGAAUGGUGCUUUCAUGUAUUUUAAUAUUUUACACUGUUCAAAAUGAAAUGUUUUAUAUAGUGAUUGGAAAUUAAUUUUAUCUUCUGUUAUGACAUGGUCCUCAGAUCAAUUUGAGUCACUUGGAGUCACGGCAAAGAAAUAUAAGCCUUUUUGAAGAGGCAAACUCCUUACAAACUUUGUAAAGAUCUGCUGUAAAAAAAUUAAAUCUGUAAAUUGUUAAAUUAAAUCAUUUUAUUUAAUGAA